AUGCACCCGUCCAACUUUGCUCACUGGUCCCUGUCUACAGCCCGCGACCUCACCCUCGAAGCCGCCCGCGAUGCUAGCAAUGCCCGCAAGUCGUCGACGCGAAUGCUGCCCUCGGGCCAGCUCAAGAAGCUCCUGGACAGCCGGUCCGAGCGCGAUGUGCUCGAAGGACUGCGGAGAGUCGUCACGAUGUCCUACAGACAGCCCCCGUCCCAGACAUUACCCUUCUUCUCCCACGUAAUCAAGAACAUCGCGUCGCCGUCGCUCCCCAUCAAGAAGCUCGUAUACAUAUAUCUCCUUCAGCAUGCCGAACAUGAGCCGGACACCGCCCUCCUCUCUAUCAACACGAUUCAGAAAUCACUCACGGAUUCCAACCCUCAGCUGCGCGCCCUCGCGUUACGAGUCAUGUCUGGAAUACGGGUGCCGGUCAUAAGUCAAAUUGUGAGCUUGGCUAUCAAGCGAGGAGUGGGAGACAUGUCGCCGUACGUGAGGAGGGCCGCCGCACUCGCGAUACCGAAAUGCUACCGCUUGGACCCGAGCACGGAGCCGCAGUUACUGGAAUACCUUUCGACGCUGUUGGGGGACAAGCAGUACUUUGUGACUGGCGCAGCAGUAGCCGCCUUCUUGGAGGUGUGCCCCAACCGGUUGGAUCUGAUACACCCACACUACCGGUCGCUCAUACGCAAGCUUGUGGACAUGGACGAGUGGGGGCAGCUGGCGACUUUACGACUUAUGAUGUCAUAUUCACGGAAAUGUUUCCCCAGACGGACGAAGAAGAUUAAGAAGACUACGACUAAUCCUAAUCCUAAUGCGAGAUCGAAGGGCACGAAGGGAUUUUAUGACACAGAAAGCGAGUCAGAAGAGUCGGAGGAUCAAGAGAUGGAAGAUUUGGUUGUUCUGGAUCCUGACCUCGAGCUUCUCUUGAAAGCCUGCCAAUCGCUCCUUCAAUCCCGGAACUCUGCCGUGGUGAUCGCAGUAGCGAGGACGUAUUUAUACCUGGGCACGCCGGAUUACCUAUCCCUAGCCAUUGGACCUCUGAUAUCACUCUUGCGCUCGCCGGGCGACGUCCAGCACAUAGCGCUCUACAACAUCGUCCAGGUCUGCCUCUCGCACCCGGAACCAUUCGUGAAAUACUACACGCAUUUCCUCGUCCGAUCGACGGAUUCCCCUCACAUCUGGCGAUUAAAGCUCGAACUCCUCACUCUAAUCUUCCCUCACGCACCGCCUAGGUUGCAAAGUCUCAUAUUAGCGGAACUCAGCCAUUUCUCACAUUCAGGAAGUUUGGAUCCCGGGCUAGUCAAGGAAGCUGUUCGGGCGAUUGGCCGCUGUUCACAGACAACCAACCCGAAAACUUCUGCAAGAUGUCUGAGACUACUGCUAGCGCACAUCGGAUCGGCAGACAUGCAUUUGGUGGCGGAGUCGCUAGAGGUUAUCCGCCAUCUCAUCCAGCGCGAUCCGGAAAACCACCGCACCACUGUCGUUCGGUUAGCUAAGCACUUAGACGCAGCCACCAGCCCGCAAGCCCGCGCAAGCAUCGUCUGGCUUGUCGGAGAAUUUGCAGGCCUAGAUCCAGAAAACAACAUCGCAGCAGACGUCUUGCGUAUACUAGUAAAAGGUUUCGCCGACGAAGCGGAGCCGGCGAAACUGCAGAUCGUACUUCUCGCCGCGAAGGUCUACGUCCAUCAUCUGAACGCGAAUCCACCACCAGAACCCGUGAGAGCGCCAUCACCGAAACCGAGUCCUUCAUUGCUGGAGAACUACGAAGAGCAAGGCGGAUUUCGAGACACGCACUUGGACUCCGUUUCUCCACCGCAACCUACGCCCAGCCAAACGCAGGACAAACCACACCCCAUCGAAGCGCUAUGGAACUACAUCAUUCUCCUCACCCGCUAUGACACAUCCUACGACCUCCGCGACCGAGCUCGUGUCUACAAAGCACUUCUCUCAACACCGACAUCCACCCAACUCGCAUCACUUCUUCUCCUCGCACCAAAACCCGUCCCGCAAACUCCUAGCCCGAGCGAGACACGCAAAGGCUACGCCCUUGGCAGCGCCAGCCUCGUCAUCGGCGACGAGGGCGGCGUAGGCGGAUUAAAAGGCUACGAAGAUCUACCGCCCUGGGUGAAAGAAGGCCAUGAGCCUGACCCCGCGCUGCGAGAAGAAGGGGCCUCGGGCGCUGCGUCAACGUAUGAGGCGGCAAAGAGUUUGAGUGCCGCGGAGAGGCUGGAUGCUGCGAGUCGGGCUGCACCGCCCGAAAGAACGGUAUCGCCUGGUAGGAGCUUGGACGGACUAGGUUCCGGGUCAGGCGCGGGUGAGGCGAAGGAGAAGGAGAAGACGCUGGAUGAGUGGUUGGCUGAGGAAGAGGAGAGCGAGGACGAAACGGACGAAGAAAAAGAGACGGAGGAGGAGGAGGAAAGCUCUGAGUAUGAGACCGAGAGCGAGGACGAAGGAGAGGGCGAUAGACUUGUCAAGUAG